AUGGCGAUCGAGAUGAGGCCCACCGUAAUCAGUCAAGGCACAGCAGAGGCUCCAGAGAACAUGUCCCAAUCAUCACAGUGUCAGGCACCUUCAACUCGCCUGCAAAACCAAUAUCAGCAACAGCAGCAGCAGCAACUCCCUGCAGAUUGCCUGCCUUGCAAGGUCGUAGGCUGCGUUGGAUUCAGUGGCCUUGGCCUGUACUCCUUUUACCAAGCACAGCAGUUGCCCAGGAACCUGGUAGCCCGAAGGCUUGGUCUCGGACUCAUGGGAACAGUGUUCAUCGGAGCGGCUGUCUACAGGUUAACUAUGCCCACAAACCAGGAAUUAUCAUCGUUAUCGAAAAAGUAA